AUGGCGGAAGCAGCUCCUCCCAACCUGAACCUCACCCAGGAGGAGAAGAAGGUAUUCUUUCAAUUGUUCCAAGCGGCCGAUACGACCAAUCUUGGGGUUGUCACGGGCGAACAUGCCGUUCCUUUCUUUGAGAAGACAAAGCUCCCUCCUGAUACUUUGGGUCUGAUAUGGCAAAUAGCAGACAAGGAGAAUCGUGGACUUCUCACGCCCUCAGGCUUCUCGAUGGUGUUGAGGCUUAUUGGACACGCGCAAGCCGGGCGUGCUCCCACGGAUGAACUGGCUUUGCUGCCCGGCCCUCUGCCUCGAUUCGAUGGUAUUCAGCUUGCUACAAGUACGCCCUCUCGUCCGUCAACAACAAGUCCACCUCCAGGAGCCCCUGCCGCCCCUGGGGCUGCGGUCAGAGUUCCGCCUUUGAAUCCGGAGGAUGCGAAUAAGUUCAAUUCUCUAUUCGAGAAAUCAGAUACACCGGGUGGAUUUAUGUCAGGUGAAACGGCAAAGCAGAUCUUUGAGCGUGCACGGCUACCAAACGAAGUCUUAGGCAGGAUAUGGAAUCUUUCCGAUACGAAACAGCGCGGCCAACUUGAUGCUAGCGAAUUCAUAAUUGCCAUGCAUCUAUUAACUUCUUUCAAGACUGGUGCGAUGCGGGUUAUCCCAGCGGCUCUUCCUGCUGGCCUGUAUGAAGCAGCAUCACGACGGGCUGUUGGCCGUACUUCGACUGGCUCUCGCGCGACUCCCGAUGUCCCGCCAGUACCGGCCAUUCCUACACACUUCACUGGCCAGCGGACGCAGAGUCCAUUGAGCAGACAACCCUUCACACCCCUUUCGGCACAGUCUACUGGUGCCGAGUGGCUGAUCAGUCCCCCAGAGAAGGCACAGUUUGACAAUAUAUUUGCAACCGUUGAUACAGCAAAGGCUGGAAUUAUAAGUGGCGAUCAGGCAGUCGCGUUCUUUACCAAUGCUCAACUACCCGAAGAUGUCCUUGCUCAAAUUUGGGAUCUUGCGGAUAUCGAUGCCGACGGACAACUCACAAAGGAUGAGUUUGCGGUAGCUAUGUAUCUUGUACGGCAGGUACGGGGCAAGAAAGAGCCAUUGCCCGCAACGCUACCUCCCGCUUUGAUUCCUCCUAGCAUGCGCCGAGCAGACCCAGGACCUAUUGCAGCUGCCCCUCCACCAGCACCGGCACCAGCACCGGCAUCAGCACCACUUCCACGCUCAGCAGCUGACGAUCUUUUUGGCCUUGAUGCAUUUAGUGCGCCAACUCCCGCAACACCUGCUCAGAUCCCGCAGUCUACUGGAGGCUCCAAUGCGCCAGUGUUCCAGUCUCCUGGAUCACCUUCCUCGCGAACUUCUCAAUCGGGUCCCUCCUCUCUCUUCAAGCCAUUUAUUCCUUCGUCUCAGUUCGGUCAAAGUCUCGGCCCACAACUAACGGGUGCUGUCUCUGCGGCGAGGUCCCCCCCUCCUCCUUCUGAUGAUCUAUUGGGUGAUAAUGAGCCGGAAGAGGCGAAGAAACUCACCAAUGAAACAAUGGAGCUGGCAAAUUUGUCAAAUCAGAUUGGAACUUUAUCCAAAGAAAUGCAGAAUGUGCAGACGAAGCGUGCCGCAGCUGAGCAAGAGUUUACGCAAUCGUCUCAGCAAAAGCGUGACUUUGAAGCCCGUUUAGCUCAAGCCAGAUCUAUGUAUGAGAAGGAGGUGAAGGACUUCAAAGCUUUGGAGGAGCGUUUGAAUGCUUCGCGAGCUGAAACCAAGAAGCUCCAACAGGACUACGCUCUGAUUGAAGGUAGCCGUCAGGAUCUGCAAAAUCAAUAUGAGCAGAUUUCUGCUGCCCUUGUUGCUGACCAAACCGAGAAUGCUUCCUUGAAAGAAAAGAUACGCCAGGCCAAUGUCGCAGUCAGCGAGCUAAAGCCAGCUUUAGACAAGGCCCGCUCUGAUGCUCGUCAGCAAAAGGGUCUAGUUGCUAUUAACAAGAAGCAGUUGGCUACGGUUGAGGGCGAAAGAGAUAAGAUUCAAGGCGAGAUCGAUAGCUUAGCUAAAGAAGCUCAAGAAACUCAAGAGGCUGCAGAGUUGACUCGCCAGGUUUCUGGCCCUACUGGCGUAGCAAGCCCCGCGUUAUCUACUGCCAGCCAACAAACGAAUCCUUUCUUCAGACGGACAACGACAGAAACAUCUGACCGAUCUGUUUCUUCGGCUCCCCCUUCCACACAAGCAACGUUUGAUAGUCUUUUUGGACCUUCUUUCACCCAACCAUCGACAUCUACUCCACCGCCACCAACCUCAUUCGGUCCAGCAUCGCCUUUUGCACCACGAGCACAAGAGACUUCAGCAAGUCCCGACAACUCCGGUAUACCAAUUCCAUCUGUAUCUCCACUACCCCAAGCUACAAUGGAGCCACCCGCACCUUCUCAAUCGCGACAAAUAACACCGAGUUUUCUACCACUAGACCAUAACCUUGAAUCACCGUCCAACAAUACAUCCACUGCUGUCUCCCCACCGGCUAGCCGUUUUGGUGCACCGGAUGAGUUUGGCACGCCUUCAAGGACUGCAUCGGCAGUUCCGUCAGUAGGAACCGGUGCUAAUCACUUUGCGGAACCUGAGGCAACGGCCGCGCGAUCUCCCUUUGAUGAGUUUGAGCCCCGUGUAGCUUCACCUGCUCCGUCACAGAACAACACGACUCCACCUAUCUCGUCAGUGCCGGGGGCUUUCCCAGAGGUACCAACCGAAAGUCAGCAGCCAGCUGAAGCUGCGCCGGAGCAGACAAAAGAACAGAGUUUUGAUGAACUAUUUGGAAACUUUGGACGUGAGCGCUCUAAGUCACAAAAAGCCAGCGACUUUGAUGAAGCUUUUGCUGGGAUGAAACCACGAAGCACCCAUAGCACCGAACCACCUGCACCAGCCAAUGGAACUGGCGAAUUCCCUCCCAUCAGAGAAUUCGAGAACGACGACGAUGACGAUAGCACAGACAGCGAAGCACCUUUGGGAUUCGAUGACAACUUCACUCCAGCAUCUCCUCCCCGCCAUGAGGAGCAUUCCAAGAAUGAAUCGAUUGACUCGACGCAGCUGCACGCGUUUCCAAUUCCAGGCAGUAGUGUGACCAUUUCGCAGCCCCCGCCUCCUGAUGCUCAGCGGUCUCCACCUAGCUAUGAUACAUCUACCGCCGAUAAGAAACCGGAUGACUUCCCUCCAGCAUUCCAAGGGUUGUUACCUAGUCGAAGCGACCCUACCGCGGCACCUGACGCUCCUCAUGCGGUUGAAUCGAGUACUGGCGCACCGAUUGUUGCUGGAGAACCCCAGAGAAAGGCAGGACCAGCAGACUUUGACGCUGCUUUUGCCGAUCUCAGCCUAGCGCCUGCAAAGGAAGAUGAAUCGGAAGAAGAGUCAGAAGACGAGCCAGAAGCUCAAUCUCAUCGCCCACAAAAUGAUUUCGAUUUCUCGUUCGAUGCCCCUGCCGCAGUCCCAGCAGCCAAAUCUACUGCACCCAACACAGCUGCAGCAGAUUUCUUCAGCUUUGACAGCAAUGUCGCCACAUCAACAACUUCUCCAGCAGGAAAUGGUAAUGCAUCCGCAUCAGCAGCGGCAGACCACGACUGGAACGCUCUUUUCGCACCCCUGGAUAACGCCAAGCCUGCCUCACCACAUGACAGCAACGGCACUGCUACCGCUGGUGCAACUGAUGCGCGAAAACCAGGAUGGGCCCUUAACAAUGAUACUGGCGAAGAUGACUUGAUCCUGAAACGAUUAACGGGGAUGGGCUUCCCACGCGACGAGUCACUGGCUGCUUUGGAGAAGUUUGACUAUAAUAUUGAUAAGGCCGCCGAUUAUCUCACUUCGAGGUCAUGA